AUGGCUGUUCAAACACCAAAACAAAGGAUUGCAAAUGAGAGAUUUAAUAAGAAUAUUGAAAAAACAAGAAAAUAUGGUAAAAAGAAGCCAGAUAAAAAAAAUCAAAAAAAUGCAUUACCAAUUUCUAAAUAUUGGGUUUUUGCAUUGUUAUUUUUAUUAGUAGGUGGUGGUGUUUUGGAGUUAAUUAGUCUUAUAUUCUAA